CAACAACACGGCCCUGGUCGUCGUCGCCGCUGCGGUAACGGAGCGGCUCGGCUGGCGGAGCCCGCGUUCUUCGGACUCCCCGCGCCACCACCGGAGCCCAGGUGAUCUUGAAUACCACAUGUCUAACUAUUUUCCUUGCAACGUUAACUGUUGUUUUUCACUGCCUCCAAAAGAUCAAAAUUGCUGCAGAAACUGGAGGCAUAUUUGAUUUAAAAUAAAUAACUUUGGCAAAUGGACAAUAUGUCUAUUACAAAUACACCAACAAGUAAUGAUGCCUGUCUGAGCAUUGUACAUAGUUUGAUGUGCCAUAGACAAGGUGGAGAGAGUGAAACAUUUGCAAAACGAGCAAUCGAAAGUUUGGUAAAGAAGCUGAAGGAGAAAAAAGAUGAACUGGAUUCUUUAAUAACAGCUAUAACUACAAAUGGAGCACAUCCUAGCAAAUGUGUUACCAUACAGAGGACACUGGAUGGGAGACUUCAGGUGGCUGGUCGGAAAGGAUUUCCUCAUGUGAUCUAUGCUCGUCUCUGGAGGUGGCCUGAUCUUCAUAAAAAUGAACUGAAACAUGUUAAAUAUUGUCAGUAUGCAUUUGACUUAAAAUGUGAUAGUGUCUGUGUGAAUCCAUAUCACUAUGAACGAGUUGUAUCACCUGGAAUUGAUCUCUCAGGAUUAACACUGCAGAGUAAUGCUCCACCAAGUAUGUUGGUGAAGGACGAAUAUGUUCAUGACUUUGAAGGACAGCCGUCGCUAUCCACUGAAGGACAUUCAAUUCAAACCAUCCAACAUCCACCAAGUAAUCGUGCGUCGACGGAGACAUACAGCACUCCAGCUCUGUUAGCCCCAGCUGAGUCUAAUGCUACCAGCACCACCAACUUUCCCAACAUUCCUGUGGCUUCCACAAGUCAGCCGGCCAGUAUACUGGCAGGCAGCCAUAGUGAAGGACUGUUGCAGAUAGCUUCAGGGCCUCAGCCAGGACAGCAGCAGAAUGGAUUUACUGGUCAGCCAGCUACUUACCAUCAUAACAGCACUACCACCUGGACUGGAAGUAGAACCGCACCAUACACACCUAAUUUGCCUCACCACCAAAACGGCCAUCUUCAGCACCACCCGCCUAUGCCGCCCCAUCCCGGACAUUACUGGCCAGUUCACAAUGAGCUUGCAUUCCAGCCUCCCAUUUCCAAUCAUCCUGCUCCUGAGUACUGGUGUUCCAUUGCUUACUUUGAAAUGGAUGUUCAGGUAGGAGAGACAUUUAAGGUUCCUUCAAGCUGCCCUAUUGUUACUGUUGAUGGAUACGUGGACCCUUCUGGAGGAGAUCGCUUUUGCUUGGGCCAACUCUCCAAUGUUCACAGAACAGAAGCCAUUGAGAGAGCAAGGUUGCACAUCGGCAAAGGUGUGCAGUUGGAAUGCAAAGGUGAAGGUGAUGUUUGGGUCAGGUGCCUUAGUGACCAUGCGGUCUUUGUACAGAGUUACUACUUAGACAGAGAAGCCGGACGUGCACCUGGAGAUGCUGUUCAUAAGAUCUACCCAAGUGCAUAUAUAAAGGUCUUUGAUUUGCGUCAGUGUCAUCGUCAGAUGCAGCAGCAGGCGGCCACUGCACAGGCUGCAGCUGCUGCCCAGGCCGCGGCCGUGGCGGGAAACAUCCCAGGCCCUGGAUCAGUAGGUGGAAUAGCGCCAGCUAUUAGUUUGUCCGCUGCUGCUGGAAUUGGUGUGGAUGACCUUCGUCGCUUGUGCAUUCUCAGGAUGAGUUUUGUGAAAGGCUGGGGACCGGAUUACCCGAGACAGAGCAUCAAGGAAACACCUUGCUGGAUUGAGAUCCACUUACACCGGGCCCUGCAGCUCCUGGAUGAAGUCCUGCACACCAUGCCUAUUGCAGACCCACAGCCUUUAGACUGAGGGCUUCUGUUUUUGGAGCCAUAACAGUGCCAGGAUGGUGGACUAUGAAAUACAAUCCUGCUUUUAAUCUGAAAAUAUACUUCACUUUUGUUCUGCUUUAUCUUUUCAUAAAGGGUUGAAAAAUGUGUUUGUGGCCUUGCUCUUAGCAGACAGAACUGGAUUUUAAAAAAAAAAAAAUUUUUUUUUUUAAUUUAGAACUUUUCAGGCAUGGCUCAGAGCUUGAAGAUCAGGAAAAACACAUUCUUACCAAAUCUUCACCAGUUAUGUAUGAAGGAAUCAUUCCAAUGCUGGAAAAUUUAGCCCUUUAAGAUGUCUUAGAGCCUUUUGUAUGCAGAACAUAAUAUAUGUGUUAUUCUACAAAAUGAAUUCAAUUUUGCUGAUUUUAAAGGCAGAGAAGUUCUCAAAGUUAAUUCACCUAUGUUCAUCUGUGUGCAAGUUGGUAUUGUUGAACAUAACUUUACUCCAAAAUUUCGUGCCAUGUGGGUGAGUUAAUUUUACUAAGAGCAACUUUACUCUGUGUUUUAAAACAUAAGAUAGCAAUGUAUUAUAUAACCUUUUAUCCAAAAUAUAUAUAUAUAUUUUUUGCAAGUUAAACUAGAGAAGAUGAUUUCAAUUCAGGUUGUCUUGCAACUUCAGUUUUAUUUUUUGCCAAGACAAAACACUAACCUGUGUGUAUAUUGAGAAUUCCUAACAAUUACCAGAUAAAGAAGUGUCACUUAAGAUGAUGUGUGUUACCCUGUUGGGUAACUGCUUAUUAAGAAGGGGACUUUCCCCCUGUUAAUUAGUCACUCUGUUCUCCAGUGUUUUGAGGCUUGAUGUUGGCUAUCUAGAAGGGGGAUUGCUUUCCUUCAUUAAUCCAUAGGGACAGGUUUUGUAUUUUGAAAAAACACUAAAGCAGCACCCCUCCACUUCCCAGUUCACUGUUCUCCAGAGGUGGCAGUCCACCAACAAAAUAACGUGUAUUUCGGAAACGGCUCGAUUCUAUUAAAUACUGUGCAGAAUUAUGGAAACAGUGCCACUCAUAAUAGGUCGUUUGGAUAUUUUUGUACUUGAUUUGAUGUGUGAUUUUUUUUUUUUUUUUUUUCAUAUACUGUUUAAAUCACGUAUGUUAUGACAUUGUUUAAAAUUCGGUUUUUGUAUUUUGGGGCAAGACUGCAAACUUUUUUAUACCUUUUGGUUAAUCUAAGCCCUAUGCCAUCAAUGAUCUUAUGAGUUGGCAGUGACUUUGUAUAGAGAAUUUUAAGUAGGAAAGUUGCAGGUGUAUUGACUGUACCACAGAUACAAUAUGUAUGCUUUUUACCUCGCUCGUAGCAUCAAUAAAAUGGAAACUCAACAUA